AGGAAAUCUACUCAGUUUAAGGUACUGGAGUAAUGUACUACUCGGCUAGUGCUAUACGACUGCGGACUGCAUGCAACAAUGGCAAAUUUUACAACAGAGAAGAGAGUUAUUACAUAUGGUCGGUUGUAUUAUCAUAUCUACCUAUAUAUCACUUUCUUGGGCUAUGUGUGUCUAUACAUAGAAGUUAGGACUUGGGAGCAC